GAAUGUUUGUAUCGGCGCAAUCUGCCUGAUCAGGGAGAUGAUACAAAGAGCUGCAUUUGACAAGCCCCAUCCACGAGCUGAGCUGACGCCGCUUGACCUUUGCUCUUGUUGACGUUUUAUGAAGGACUUUGGAGUGGAACGAAUGCGGUUGGAAACCUUCAAAGGACACAAAAGCGAUGCGAAAGGGAAACAUUGGAGAAGGCGCUGGUGGAAGAGUGGCGAAGAAGAGGAGGAGGAGGAGGGACGAAUGAAACCGCUUAGUGCGUGUCUCCCAGAGACGGGCAGUGCCUAACUCGGCUGCAGGCCUCUGCUGCAGUCUCCAGGCAGGUUAAUUUCGGUCCGCGAGCGGCAUGUGUGCCCGCUUUUGGAACCUUGACCUGCGGAUUUGUAUCAACGUUCCAUUUCGGAAGUAACAUUUUGAAUUUGCAACAUUUUGUUGCAGCUAGUGCGCUGCCCGGGAAAGACUUUUUAAAAAAAAACACACACACACCAGGACUUCAAUCGUCACUGCAUUGGGUCGUCACUGGAACCAAGACUCUCAGUUAAUUAUUCUUUGGCCGUCGUUUCAUGGCUCUGUAAGCUCCUCUGCCCCGAGAAAUGGCCGGGACCCCCGCUCCUCUUGUUCCUGCGGACGUUGAGCACCCAAGAACAGGCAGCGUUCUGGCUGACGGUGCGUGUACAGAGCUGACGGGAUCGUUGCCACUGAGAACCGAUGACCAGGCACCAUCCUUGGCUCCAACGCCUUCCCUGCCAGAGCCCACGGGACGCAGCUGCCACCCACCUGCCCUCGGCCAGGUGCCUGCAGGUCAGGAAGCCGGUCGGGCUGCGGGCUCCGCGACUCGGGGGGAUCAGUGCAGCAAGCAGCAGGGGCACGGUGCGGGCAGUCCUCAUUCUGACCCCCGGCACCACACUGCCGACACCUCUCCGUUACACCAGGAUGCACCAGGAACAAUGGAUCGGGGAGAGGGGCUGCCUGAUCGCCCGGUGUCCACAAGUCAUGGGGAGUCGGCCAAGGAGGACCCCAUGAUGAGCCCUUACGAACUGGUGCAGCCUCACUGGUUCCACUGCAAGUUGGAAGACUCCAGGGCCGUGUGGAUUCCCUUCAGUAAACUGGACUCCCUCCUUCUGGAGGAGAAGUAUCGUUCUGCAUCGGACUCGGACGAUGUGGUUGUGGCGACGGAUGGUGGGCGUUACGACGUGUUCCUCGCCCGGCGCUCCAGGCACGCGGUGUACUGGCAGGAGACUCCCAGCAAAGUGCAGAGAUGCACCUGGUUCUAUAAGGGAGAGAAGGACAGCAGGUUUAAUCCCUACACCGAGGAGUUCAGCGAGCAGAUCGAGAAAAUGUACGAAUCGUGUGUGGUAACUAACGAAUGGAACCGGAGAGUGGAGUUCCCCACAGGAGAAGUCAUUAUCCUCCACAAUCCGAAGUUGAUGAUACAUUUCCAACCAUCGGGAUCAUUGGAUGAGUGGGGGACUCCCUCCACCGAGCAGAGUAAACCGUGGGUCGUGAAACGGGGCACAGAGCAGACCUAUGCGGAUAUCUUCGCCGGGGAGCCUGUGAAGGUCGAUCAUUUGGUGUUCAUGGUGCACGGAAUUGGACCGGCCUGCGACAUUCGAUUCCGUAGCAUCAUUCAGUGCGUGAACGAUUUUCGGAACACAUCCCUCAGCCUGCUGCAAACACACUUCAGGAAGGCACAGGACGAGCAGAAGGUUGGUCGAGUGGAGUUUCUGCCCGUCAAUUGGUACUGCACUUUGCAUGGAGACGCGACAGGGGUGGAUGAAGAUAUCCGGAGGAUCACGCUGCCCAGCAUCAGCCGUCUGCGGCACUUCACCAACGAGACCCUGCUCGACCUUUUCUUCUACAACAGCCCCACCUACUGCCAGACCAUCGUGGACACCGUUGCCAGCGAGAUGAACCAUCUCUUGACCGUCUUCCAGCAACGCAAUCCGGACUUCAGCGGCGGUGUUUCGGUGACAGGACACAGUCUCGGUUCCCUGAUCCUCUUUGAUAUACUGACAAACCAGCUAGAUGCUGGAUCCAGAGAACCUACACCAAGACAGCCACUUCUGAGGAGGAAUUGCCAUUCCUGCACCAAGGACCCGCCGAGCUUGGAGGAAGCCCUGAAAAUGCACGGGUUGUCUGAAUUCCAGAGUGUCUUGGAGAAGGAAAGAUUGGACUUUGACUCCUUGGCACUGUGUUCGGAUGAUGAACUGAAGGACUUGGGGAUACCUCUGGGACCAAGGAAGAAGAUCCUCAGUUUGGCAAAGAAGUUGGCCCACGUCCAGGAGCACAGGGAAGAGGAGCAGAUCGGUGAGCCGGCAGUGAGAGCCAUCCCGGAGAAAGUCAGCCCGCCCUCAGAGGAGGAGGGUGCCGGUGAGCAGUCGCAGAGACCCCUGUCCACCAGCAGCCUCACCUCCGUGAACUACGAGCAGUUUGACGUCGGCAUUGGUCAGGUCUUGGUAAAUUAUCCGCGCCUGAGUUUUGAACCGGAGGUCUUCUUCGCGUUUGGCUCGCCCAUCGGUAUGUUCCUCACUGUCCGAGGACUGAAGAGAAUCGAUCCCAAUUACAAGUUCCCCACGUGCAAGAGGUUCUUCAACAUCUACCACCCAUUUGACCCCGUUGCGUACAGGCUCGAACCCAUGAUCGUUCCGGAUAUGGACCUGGAGCCCAUGCUAAUCCCCCAUCACAAGGGCAGGAAGAGGAUGCACCUCGAACUGAAAGACAGCCUGACACGGAUGGGCUCCGACCUGAAGAACGGCCUCUUCUGCUCCCUGCGGAACGCCUGGCAAUCGUUCACCCGGCUCCAGUCCCCCUUGCCCCAGCUGCUGACUGACACGCCCGCGGCCGCCAUCGAGUCGCCCGUCGCUGAGAGUGAAGCCGGGUCUGAAGCGGAUGGAAGCGGCUCCCUGCAGGAGGAGGAGAAGGAGGUCAAGAUCGGGAUGUUGAAUGGCGGACGGCGCAUUGAUUACGUGCUUCAGGAGAAGCCCAUCGAAAGCUUCAACGAGUACCUGUUCGCUCUCCAGAGCCACCUCUGUUACUGGGAAUCUGAGGACACAACACUGCUAAUUCUGAAGGAAAUUUAUCAAACACUCGGUGUCAGCCUUGAACAAGCACAGCACUAACCAAGACCUACACCAGCGGGGAUCUCCAGCGCACCCCAAUGCCAACAGGGUUGGACUCUCCAGCCCACUAAACGUGACUCCAUUCCUUCCCUCUUCCUUCUUUCAAAGCCAAGCUGCUAAUCGUGAAGGUGUUGAGGAUGACAUAGACUUCCACUACCUUCUGAAGGUGGCAAAUGAGGUCAGGUUGCCAAAUGUACUGGAAAGUUUGUCCGCCAGACGUUUGGAUUUUGAACACUGCGAGGAAAUAGCGAGCGGCCUAUAUCCAGCAGGUGUGCAGGGCAGGGAACCUCUCCAAAGGUUGCGUCGUCUGUAGCUCCCUCAGACAUUAUCAGUAAUAGCAUCCAAUUAAGAAGAUUAACUUUAACCGGUGAUGUGGUCUACACCAUCAGCAAGAGUGUGUUUUAUGACGGGAGCUGCGUACGGGAGCUUGACUACAGACCAGCAGGACAGACUUAUUUAACCAUUUUUAUUCUGGGUUUGAAUUGCAGAUGUACUUUUAACCUGAGUGUGGAUUUAAGACAGGAAAUAUUCUCACUUACUCGCAAUACCACUUUGCAACCGAGCAUCCCUGUGGCGUUCGUGACAGAACAUUAUCUUAGAGUCCCCAUGCACACUUCUGAAAAGUCCUUGUCACACAAUGGUGCGACGCAGUAGUGUUGGAGUAAUUGUAACUCGGUCGGAAGUGUAUUUGUCAAUGCACAAACAAUAAACUAGCACCUCUGUAACAUAGAAGCAAAUGGUGUUCUGUGAAUGUUGGAGAGGCUGGAGCCGAGAUUGUUCCACAGUGUUUCUCUUGCCGGAAACUCCCAACGUAAUGGCUUUAGAACAAACGAAUAGCCAUGAUGUUGGAAUAGAAUUCCACCCACCCCAAUCUUCUUUGCUCUAUUUCUGUGAAGUCAAACUGAGUCGUUGUCAAGUACUUUUUUCCCACUGACCCAGCUACCAUGAGUAACGUCACCAGAGUGAAUUAACUGACCUGUGUGCCAGCUUGCUGUCUACUAACUGCAUUUCCAAAGUCUUUCAGAUCGGCUAUGUUAGUUUU